UUUCGCCUACCACCAUCUUUCCUUGCAUUCUCACAUUCUUAUGGCUCCCCGUAAAGGGAUCGUAAAGUCAGGAAAUGCGGGAAACUCUUCUAAACCCUCAGAUAAACCAAGCGACUCGACAGACCGAGAGAAGUCUCUGUUUCCUCCAGGGUCGAAGUAUCCUUUGAGUUUGCUACACGAAAGGUGCCAAAAGAAUGGAUGGGAGAAGCCUAUUGUCGAAACGCGUCAGACAGGCGCCGACUGGGCAUUUACUGUCAUCUUGAAUCGAAUAAACAAGAAGAGCUCCGAGAAAGAGUCUGUUCGCCUAACUCCACAUCCCCCGUACGUGAUGCCAAGCGCCCUGGAAGCUCGACAUUGGGGUGCCACAUAUGCCUUGUACCGUUUUUGCAAUGAUAUUCAGCUCAACAGGGUAUUGCCCGUAGGACCACGGUCGUAUUGGACUCAACUUGCGGCAGAGCAUAAAAACGCACCAGAACAUCUUAAAUGGAUGUAUGAUGCUGAUCCGUUUACCGCUCGUAAAAUGGUAGAUUGGCGACAAGCAAAGGCAGCAGAAAAACGCGCUGAACCUGAAGCUAAAUCAGACUCGCACAAAUCUGAGGCGUCUUCUGGUUUCCAAAACUGGCCUGAAGUCAAGAUGUCUAAUGAGCUACGCGAUCAGGUUGAGGAUGCUGUCAAGCAGGGUUGGGCCUCACUCCCUAAAAGUGCUCACGCUGCAGUUCCCAAGGACAUACCGGAAGAAGAAAUGAAGACGACAAGUCAGAAGUUACAACAUUUGGGUUUCACGCCUAUCCAAGCCGGGAAGGCGGUUGAUUUUGUCUCAGAGCCGUCUGCCAUUUCAACGACUCUCCUUGCAUCUCAAGGUUUCCUAGAAGCAUGCAUCGAGUAUCUGGUUCUCCAUGUACCAGAGUGUGAUCUUCCUGAACGUUUCCUACCGGAAGUCAAUUCCUCCAACUCUUUUAUUACUUCAGUACAUGUUGGAACUGAUGAUCUGAAAACGCGGUGGGUCGCAGAUAAGGCGACCAAAGAGGCUGGUUGGCCUGUUCACGUCGUUCAGGAAUGUCUAUCGGAUUCGAGGUUGAUGAAUUCUUGGGAUCUUCUUGUUGCUGCUUUGGGCCAGAGGCUUAUUGGUGAAGAUAUUACGAGCCUAUUCGAUGAGAACAAGGCAUUAUUACCUUACGAGAUCGACCUGCAAGACGUAGAGGAUCUCGGUGGCCAUGUUGACGAUCACCAGCUCGUCCUACCUCUCUUUACUGCACCAAUUCAGUUGCACAUUCUAUACUCUGCUAAAGAGUUUCCUCGUCAAGAUUAUAUGCCGAUGUAUCUGACAUCCUCCAAAGUCCCCGCGUAUGUUCGCCUUCAUAUGUUAUCCCUACUCUUAUGUUCGGGCGAGCUGGUAGAUGCUGGCGGAGGCUUCUGCGUAACAGCAUUAGCAAUUCUGGAUGAAGAAUGGGCAAAGAUAGAAACCAACGGACCACCCAGUAUAUCUACAGUUUUCCAGCACUUCUCGCGGCGUUCAGAAGUUGCAUCGCAUCUAGAGCUAGAGGAUGUUCCUAUCGGACAGGUUACUGGUCGAAGAAGAGGCAAUCAUAACUCUCAGGACCGGAGGACUGCUCAGAAAAUCAAAGAGGAAUAUGAAGGCCUGCGGAAGACAAAGAAAGCACAAUAUGAGGAUAUCAUGGCUAUUAGACAAAAGUUGCCAGCUUUUGCUUCUAAGCAUGACUUCCUCAAAGAGUUGGAAGAUAAUCGUGUCGUCCUCGUAGUAGGAGAAACAGGCUGUGGAAAGACUACGCAAUUGCCACAGUUCGUUUUGGAUUCUCUCAUCGACUCUAAUCGGGGAAAGACAGCGUCUAUUGUCAUUACCCAACCUAGACGUAUAUCUGCGAUCGGUGUAGCAUCUCGUGUAUCUAAUGAGCGCCUUGACGACGGUUCAGUAGGAUAUGCUAUCCGUGGCGAAAGCACCAGAACACAAGAGACCAAGCUCUUGUUCUGCACCACGGGUGUGGUUCUUCGACGCCUCAGCUCCGGCGACAAGCUGAAAGACGUUUCGCAUAUCAUUGUUGACGAGGUACACGAACGAUCGGUCGACGGCGACUUCUUGCUUCUCGAAUUGAAGGAGCUUUUGACGGAAAAUAAGACCCUCAAGGUCGUUCUCAUGUCUGCCACUAUCAAUCAUGAGACGUUUAUCAGCUACUUCGAUGGUGCCCCCCUAAUAACCAUCCCCGGGUUCACACACCCAGUAACCGAUCUGUACUUGGAGGACGUUAUUUCGUUGAUAGACUAUCGCCCGUCAGCUGUCAAGCCAGCGCAAAAGGAGUGUCGAGAAGAACGGGAAGCUUUCCGUGCUGGGUACGUAUCCAUCGGAUUGAGUGACGAGUGCAUUACUGCCCUACAAAAUGUCACGCGGGCGAACGUCAUCGAUUAUAAGAUGCUUGCGGCAGUAGUCAAACACAUUGUCACCAUAUCAAAGACUCGUGGGGGGAUUCUCAUUUUCCUUCCGGGUGUGCAAGAAAUUCGACAGUGUAUGGACAUGGUAAAAGGCGUAUUGCCGUCGAGUGUUCCCGCGGACAUUUUGCCCCUCCACGCAAAUCUGUCAAGCGAGGAACAACGGCGCGUAUUCAUGAAGACCACCAAGUGGAAAAUCAUAGCUGCUACUAAUGUCGCGGAAACCUCUAUCACUAUCGAUGACGUGAUAUGCGUUGUGGACUCUGGCAAGGUCAAGCAGACUCAGUACGACGGGGAUUCAGGUAUUUCUCAUUUGGUGGAGACAUGGGUUACCUUGGCAGAGGCAAGACAGCGUCGGGGUCGCGCAGGUCGAACCCAGCCAGGCACAUGCUACAAACUAUACACCAGGAAACAGGAAUCGAAAAUGGGCAAGUUCGUUGUACCAGAAAUAUUGCGUGUUCCACUCGAAAAUAUUUUACUUGCCGUCAAAGUAACAAGGGAGGACGAAGAUGUCAGACAUUUCCUAAGAAAGGCCAUCUCCCCUCCUGACGUCAGUUCAAUGGAUACAGCUUGGGCGACAUUGGAAAACCUAGGGGCGAUGGACGGGCAAGGCAGACUGACAGCGCUAGGACGGCAUCUUUCGCUACUUCCAGUAGAUUUGCGAUUAGCCAAAAUGCUUGUUCUCGGCACGAUCUUUCGGUGCCUUGGGCCGGUACUCACCAUCGUGGCAUGUCUAUCAUCAAAACCACUGUUUGUUAGUCCGCUAGAAAAACGCAAAGAAGCCUCGCGGGCCCGGGCGCGUUUUUGUGAAGGAAAUAGUGAUCUUCUGACAGAUCUCAGAGCCUAUGACGAGUGUAUGCGGCUGCAAGCUGAAGGAAGAUCGUCAGGCGAAAUUCGUCGAUUUUGCGAAGCAAAUUUUUUAUUAGCGAGCACUAUCCGCGAAAUUUCUAACCUCCGAAACGAUUUUCUUUCUUGCCUUAUAUCCAUUGGUUUCAUCCCUCUACACUCCAAAUCGUCGUCGUCGUCCAUCAAUAUUAACAGCGAAAAUACAAACCUCCUCAAAGCGGUCAUCCUAGGCGGCCUGUGGCCCAGAGUCGCUCAUGUCGAUUUGCCUCUGUCGGCAAGGAAAUAUGACAGGGUCCAAGGUGGAACGGUUCAGAGAGAAAACAAGGCCAAGGAGUUUAAAAUCUACGAUCUCAGGAACGAAAGGGUGUUUUUACACCCUGCCAGUGUUCUUUUCGAUUUUUCGGCGUGGAGGUCGCAAUAUGUAGUAUUCUUUACUAAGGUCAAGACAAGCAAAGUCUUUCUGAGGGACGCGACAGAGGUCCCAUUAUAUGCAAUGCUUCUGUUCGGCGGAACGGUGUCAGUUAACCAAAUUGCAGGAGGAAUAAGCAUCGAUGGAAAUGAAGGCGUAGUGAAGCUCAAAGGAUGGCCACGAAUAGGCAUACUUGUUAAUCACUUACGCCGUCUCCUUGACGCCCAGUUGCUGUGUAGCAUCGAGGAAAGUAUGAUUGUAGGACAAGGACCUAAUAAUCCUGUCAUUGAGGCAAUGCUUGCGUUGCUAGCUCAUGAUGGUCUGAGUGAGUGAAGAAGGUGAUGUCUAGAUGUGAUAUUAUACAUGUUUCUCCAAUUGGGAGUAUAUAUUGUACAUGUGUAGGCGCAGGCUGAGACACAGGUUAUAGAGACUUGUGCAACAAAAAUGAGGGUUGCGUGUUUUC